AUGGUGUGUUUAAGUCUGAUUCAGAGAAACAGAUCAGACUCAACUGAACGCAGCUGUGUGUCCAUGAAGAGUGAUAUAUCAAUGGACCCUCCAUAUCACUUCAGAGGUUUGAAGUACUACGUAUUUCCCAUUAAGCUUGUGUUUGUCCACAGUGUACAAAAGAAGAAAUCAGAACCAGAACUCAUGUACGGAAAAAUUGUGGAGUCCAUAUUCAAGGAGCUGGAGCACAAAGUCAUCUCUCUGGUAAAGAAGGAGCUGAAGAGGUUUAAGAAGCUACUGAAUCCAGAUUACCCAGCAUGCCCUGAGAGUAAGGUGGAGGAUGAGGAGGAUAAGAGCAGUGUCAGACUGGAGGUGCUGAAGAUCACACUGCACGUCCUGAGGAACUUGGAGGAAACAGACCUCGCUAACAGACUAUAGACCAAGGUAGUCUCUGUACAUCAGCAAAAGCUAAAACACAAACUGAUGGAGAAAUAUAACAGAAUUAAUGAAGGAAUCUCAGAGUAUGGAACUUCAUCCCAUCUGAAUGACAUCUACACAGAGCUCUACAUCACAGAGGGAGGGAGUGGAGAGGUCAAUAAUGAACAUGAGGUCAGACAGAUUGAGACAGCAUCCAGGAGACCAGCAACAGAGGAGAUAACUAUCAAAUGUAAUGACAUUUUUAAAGACAAACUCAUCAGACGUGUGCUGACUAAAGGAGUGGCUGGAAUUGGGAAAACAGUCUCUGUACAGAAGUUCGUUCUGGACUGGGCUGAAGGAAGAGCAAAUCAGGAUGUCGACUUCAUAUUUCCACUUCCAUUUAGGGAACUGAAUUUGAUGAAGGAGAAAAAGUUCAGUAUGAUGGAUCUGCUUCAUAACUUUUUCCCAGAAACAAGACAAAAAUUAAUAGACUGUGAUGCUUACAAAGUCAUUUUCAUCUUUGAUGGUCUGGAUGAGUGUCGACUUCCUCUAGAUUUCCAAAACAAUGAGAAUUUGUGGGAUGUAACAGAAUUGACCUCAGUGGAUAUGCUGCUGACAAACCUCAUCAAGGGGAAUCUGCUUCCUUCUUCUCUCCUCUGGAUAACCUCUCGACCAGCAGCAGCCAAUCAGAUCUCUCCUGAGUGUGUUGACCUGGUAACAGAGGUACGAGGGUUCAGUGACCCUCAGAAAGAGGAGUACUUCAGGAAGAGAAUCACUGAUCAGAGCCUGGCCAAUAGAAUCAUAACACACAUUAAAUCAUCAAGAAGUCUCUACAUCAUGUGCCACAUUCCUGUCUUCUGUUGGAUUGCAGCGACUGUUCUACAGACAAUAUUGUGUGAAGCAGAGAGUGGAGAGAUCCCCAAGACUCUGACUCAAAUGUUCACACACUUCCUGAUAUUUCAGAUCAAACACAAGAGCAGAAAAUACCUUGGUAAAACUGACAUUGAUCCUUAUCAGACUAGAAAUAGUGUUCUAGCACUGGGAAAACUGGCUUUCCAACAGCUGGAAAAGGGCAACCUGAUCUUCUAUGAGCAAGACCUAAAAGAGUGUGGCAUUGAUGUCAAAGAAGUGUCUGUGUACUCAGGAGUGUGUACCCAAAUCUUCAGAGAGGAGUCUGGGCUGCACCUAGGGAAGGUGUUCAGUUUUGUGCAUCUGAGUGUUCAGGAGUUUCUGGCUGCUUUAUAUGCAUUUCUCUGCUUCACCUCCAAUAAUAGUUUUCUGGAACAGCAAACAGGAUUCUUUGACAAUUUUUUUAAAAGCUCAACAAUGUCAGCCUUCCUUAUCAAUGCAGUGGACCAGGCCUUACAAAGUGAGAAUGGACACCUGGAUCUUUUCCUCCGCUUCCUUCUGGGUCUCUCACUGGAGUCCAAUCAGACUCUCUUAGGAGGCCUACUGACACAGACAGGAAGUAGCUCUCACAGCAAAGUGGAAAUAGUCAAACACAUCAAGGAGAAGAUCAGGGAGAAUCCCUCUCCAGAGAAAUUCAUCAAUCUGUUCCACUGUAUGAAUGAACUGAAUGAUCAUUCUCUAGUGCAGGAAGUCCAAACAUACCUGAGCAGAGGAGGAGACCAUUGUCUCCAUGGAGCCAGUAUCUCUCCAGCUCAGUGGUCUGCUCUGGUGUUUGUGUUGUUGAAUUCAGAAGAGGAGCUGGAUGAGUUCGACCUGAGGAAAUUUGACUCAUCAGAGGAAUGUCUACUGAGACUGCUGCCAGUGGUCAUAGCAUCCAGAAAAGCUGUGCUGUCUAACUGCAGUAUUACAGAUAAAGGCUGUGCUGCUUUGGCUUCAGCUCUGAGGUCAAACCCCUCAUCACACCUGAGAGAGCUGAAUCUGAACAACAAUAAACCAGGAGACUCAGGAGUGAAGCAGCUCUCUGCUCUACUGGAGGAUCCACUCUGUAAACUAGAGAUACUAGAGCUGUCUGACUGCAGUAUUACAGAUGAAGGCUGUGCUGCUUUGGCUUCAGCUGUGAGGUCAAACCUCUCAUCACACCUGAGAGAGCUGAAUCUGACCAAAAAUAAACCAGGAGACUCAGGAGUGAAGCAGCUCUCUGCUCUACUGGAGGAUCCACACUGUAAACUGGAGAUGCUAGAGCUGUCUGACUGCAGUAUUACAGAUGAAGGCUGUGCUGCUCUGGCUUCAGCUGUGAGGUCAAACCUCUCAUCACACCUGAGAGAGCUGAAUCUGACCAACAAUAAACCAGGAGACUCAGGAGUGAAACAGCUCUCUGCUCUACUGGAGGAUCCACACUGUAAACUGAAGAAACUACAGCUGUCUAACUGCAAAAUUACAGAGGAAGGUUGUGCUGCUCUGGCUUCAGCUCUGAGGUCAAACCCCUCAUCACACCUGAGAGAGCUGAAUCUGAACCACAAUGAACCAGGAGACUCAGGAGUGAAGCAGCUCUCUGCUCUACUGGAGGAUCCACACUGUAAACUGGAGAAACUAGAGCUGUCUUGGUGUGGUAUUACAGAUGAAGGUUGUGCUGCUCUGGCUUCAGCUCUGAGGUCAAACCCCUCAUCACACCUGAGAGAACUGAAUCUGAACUACAAUAAACCAGGAGACUCAGGAGUGAAGCAGCUCUCUGCUCUACUGGAGGAUCCACACUGUAAACUGGAGAAACUAGACCUGUGUAACUGCAGUAUUCCAGAGGAAGGCUGUGCUGCUCUGGCUUCAGCUCUGAGGUCAAACCCCUCAUCACACCUGAGAGAGCUGAAUCUGAACCAGAAUAAUCUAGGAGACUCAGGAGUGAAGCAGCUCUCUGCUCUACUGGAGGAUCCACACUGUAAACUGGAGAAACUAGAGCUGACUUGGUGCAGUAUAACAGAUGAAGGCUGUGUUGCUAUAGCUUCAGCUCUGAUUUCAAACCCCUCGUCACACCUGAGAGAGCUGAAUCUGAAGUACAAUAAACCAGGAGACUCAGGAGUGAAGCAGCUCUCUGCUCUACUGGAGGAUCCACACUGUAAACUGGAGAAACUAGAGUUAUAUGACUGUAAUCUGACAGAGAAAAGCUGUGCAGUUAUGGCCUUAGUGCUUAGCUCAAACUCCUCAAGUCUGAGAAAGCUGGACAUGAGUUACAAUACCGCAGGACUGAAGCUGCUCUCUGCUGGACUGGAUAAUCCACAGUGUAAACUGGAGACACUGGGACUGGGUUACUGUAGACUCACAGAGAAAAGCAGUUCUGGCUCUUCAAGUCUGAGAGAGCUGGACCUGACUAGCAUUAAACUGCAGGAUUCAGGAGCAAUGAUGCUGUCUGCUGGACUGGAAAAUCCACACUGUUCUCUCUGCAGGCUGGAAUACUGCAGUAUUACAGAGGAAGGCUGUGCUGCUCUGGCUUCAGCUCUGAGGUCAAAGCCUUCUUCACAACUGAGAGAGCUGAAUCUGAACUAA